AUGCAUGCCAAAGUGGAUAGGCCUGCCGCAGCUUGCACACUGCCCGUCAGAGAGAUGACGCCCGCCAGCCCGCGUGAAAUAAAGCUACCAAGGACCCACGCCGCCGCCGCCGCCGCCGCCGCCUCUGCCUGCGAUUUGGCCGCCAGACCGCUAUACAACGCAGAGAGACAGAGAGAGGGUGUGUGGGUGAGAGAGAGAGAGAGAGAGAAGAAAGAAGAGAAAAGAGAAAAGGAGAAGAGAAAGCGGAGAGAGGAGGAGACGGCAAGUGCCGCCACCCACGUCUGGCUUUUGAACGACGUGACGGACCGCUGCUACGCCGCACUUGCAGCCCUCCCCAGCACCAGCCUUACCGUGCAGACAGGCUUACUGUAUAGGCUAACGAUACUGUAUAUCCUAUCCUGUAUCCUGUACGCGACACUCUUCCCCCUCCCUCCCGCCGUCCCCCCAACCCAGGGCCCGCUCGUGGUUUGUGCAGCCCUUUUAGCAGCAGUGGGGAACAACAAACGCCUGUCGGCGCGACACUACGACUACGACUUCGACUACAACUACGACUAUACCACCAUCACCACCGCCACUGCACCGCCACAAACGCUGUGCCCGCCCUGUGCACGCUGCCGUGCCAGGGACAGAGAGAAAGAGAAAGAGAAAGAGAGAGAGAGAGAGAGAGAGAGAGAGGGAGAGAGAGAGAGAGAGGGGGAGAGAGAGAGAGAGGAAAAGAGAGAGAGCGCACACACUGCUGCUGCUGCUGCUGCUGCUGCCACCACCGCGGCAGCUCUCGUGCAGGACCAUCUGCGGCCCCGCGAUAGCGAAACUCGCAUUGAUCCACGUCCACCCGCAACACCACCGACAUCGCCGUCGCCACCACCGUCACCAUCGCUAUUCCCAUCCAUCACCGUCGCCCUUUGCCGCAUCGUUCCCGGUCUCUCUGCUGGACGGCACCUCGCUGCCCCCGUCAUGGCCACCAUGGUCAGCCCGUAUCCUCCCCAGCCGCAGUCGCAACGCCCGCCUAUGUCUGCGCCCGCGCCCGCGCCCACCUUCACGCCCACGCCCAUGGCCAUCUCCAUGGCCACGCCUACACCCUACUACAACCUUCCCUCGGCGCCUUCCCACGCCUCGCAGUACCGCAAUGCCGUCGCCUUCGAGGGCCAUCGCCUCGCCCAGCUGCACCAGCUGCCACAGCAAUAUGCUCACCCGCUAUCCACACACAACACCUACGGCUCCGAGCCCUCCGCGUCUGGCCAUGCAGCGAAGCCGCCCGAGCACAUGCUCCGACGUAAGACGCCCAAGGGCAUCCUCGCAGCAGCCUACGAUGGCACCUCGGUCGAGCAUGGCGACCCUCACGCCACCAAACACAUACUUUUACCCGUCACGGCUGCGUCUAGCAUGCCCUAUGGCCUCAAGCAAGAUCUCCCCAUGCGCUCGUCAGCCAUCCAUGGCUCGUCGGCGCGUAGGAAGCAGGAAUCAUCGUCAGAUUGGAGUCCCACCCUCUACUUUGAGACGGGGUCGGGUUCUGGGCGCGUCGGUCAGCAUCUCCCCCAGAUCGAUUCCAUGCUCAAUCAAGUCCCCCCUCUACAGCCGCUUCUGCCAUACCAGAUGUGGGCCCAUCCUUACUCUGGACCCAUGGGACCACCCGUCCAAAUGCCGCUGGGGCCUACAGUAUCCAAUGACCAGGCUCCAUUUGGACCCUACUGGCACGACGGCACCUUUAUACCAUACCGCCCGGCUGCGAUGCGAGACCCACGAUUCCUCCACCACCCGAAUCACGAAUGGACGCAUCCUCAACAUACUGGAUAUCUAGCCUACCCUUAUAACCAACCUACCACCAACAUGUCAAACUUUCAGCCAUACCCUCUUCAUCCAAGCCAAAGCGCCUUGAGUGACAAUGUCGGCCCUCACAUCAAUUAUGCACCCUAUGCUCAGUCGGUCCCCAACUACGCACAAGACUAUCAAAACCCUUCCUUGUCAGGAUCGCUCACUCAGCAGCGUCCACAGCAUGACUAUCUGCACUCUGGUCAGACCACGCCGGUGCAAGAAAAUUACCCCCUGAGCAAUCCACUGGAAGACUAUGGGCCAGAUUCACCCAAUGGCCAAUCGCGCGAGAGAGUGUUUGCCUGGGCUCAUACAGUCUACGUUGACUUGCUGAGAUAUCUGCAGUCAACAAGGAAGCCACACGCGCAAAGUGCACAUGGACGUACGCACUCUCGACCACAUAUAUAUCCCAAGCCUCCGCGACAAUCGAGCUCCACAUUUUCAAGAUCGCUAAGUAAUGGCAGCCGCCAAACCCUUGAGCGACGAGUCUCCUACCCAGCUCCUACCCAACACGCUUUCAAUCCGAGCUUGGAAACCGGACCCGGCCGGCCUCCCAUGUAUCAUUCCCGCUCCUCGUCUGCCUGGUCAGUAGGCUCCCAGGACGUACACCGGCAAUCCUGGCAACAAGUCCCUCCUCAACAGAGCAUACUACCGCAGGCCUCCAGUAUGGAGCCUCCACGAUCUCUGCGACGUAUUUCUGGAUCGGUAGCAGGUGUACAACAGUGCGGUCGCCACGAAGUACCUCCCAGCAUGACUGCUGCAUCGGCACUAGAGGCAAUAACACGGCAUUGCGAAGAAAGUAAAUGGAAUUGGAUAGACGGUAUUCUGUUGGGCGGAUGUCUUGCCUAUGCUCUGGGCGAUUAUCAAAAGGCGCAAGACUGGUACAAGCACAUCUUGACAAUAGACCGAGAUCAUGUGGAAGCGAUUUCCAACUUGGCGGCCACCUAUCUCGCUCUUCAGCAAAAGCGAGAUGCCGAGGCCUACUGGAGACGUGCUGUCAGGCUGCGCCCUAGUUAUUUCGAGGCUGUCGAGCAUCUCAUCGGCCUACUCUGCAGUGACCAUCGUGGUCGAGAAGCUGUGGCUAUCAUCGAAGAGGUGGAACGGAAACUGCGCUUUGUGCGGCGGGAAGAUGCUCUGAGGAGCCUCGAGGCAGAAAGUGAACGCUCGAGUUCGACCGUGAGCGAGUCACCCGAUCUCUCCGAAGCCUCAGACCGGCCAGUCUUUGAAUUUGAAGGCGACUGUGAAGCCGUCUUCAAGGAUCUCGAUGACCUCCCUGGUUCCGAUCAGCCAGGAUUUGGAUCAAGUGGCUAUGCUAUCCCGGGCAGUGACAAUGGUCGCAUCCUGGCUCUUGUACAUGCCAAGGGGAAUAUGCUAUACGCACUGGGUGACAAUGCUGGGGCAGCAAAAGCAUUCGAGAACGCCGUCCUGAUUGGAGCGGGAUCGCAAGCCCAUGGCAUUGAUGGCCUGAUUAAACGGAUACUUGAUGUGGUGGGCUACGACCCCAUGGAGCGAUCGCCAGGAGGUCGACGAGUACCACCAUCUUCUGAUCCAAUUCUACUACCACCAGAAGCAGCCACGAGGACUGCACACUUGUGCUUCCCACCCCAUGGUCAGCUACCAGGACUCCGGCACGUUGCCAGUGAUGGCAUGGCCCGGAAAGCCGCCGUGUCGACCACGAGCAAUUCUUUGCUCUCUCUGGCCAAGAUCUUCCAGGAUGGCAUGGCCAACAACUCACCCAAAUCGGCCAUAAGCCAGACCAGCUACGGUGUCAGAGAGAUUCUAGCACUCUACUAUCUCUCAUUGUCGCUGCAACCUAGCCCUUCGACGGCGAACAAUGUCGGCAUACUACUCGCAAGCGUGCAGCAAUCUGCACCCUCGAAGCCCAUAUCUGCGCCCUAUUUUGCACCCCAGCACCAGAUCCCUGGCCUGGUCCCUGGUAGUGGUGUGGCCCUGGCAUUGUCAUAUUACUAUUAUGGGCUCCAACUGGAUAAACGACACGCGCACCUCUACACCAACCUUGGAAGUUUGCUCAAAGAUAUUGGACAGUUGGAUGUCGCCAUCAGCAUGUACGAGCAGGCUGUAGCCUGUGACCAGAACUUUGACAUCGCUCUCGCUAAUCUUGCCAAUGCCGUCAAAGACAAGGGACGAAUCAGUGAUGCCAUUCAGUACUACAAGAGAGCCGUCGAGGCCAGUCCUGAUUUCGCAGAAGCCGUCUGUGGACUUGCCAACGCGCACAACUCCGUCUGUGAAUGGAUUGGAAGAGGUGGCAUUGCCGAGGACGGCGGUUCUCGAGACCGCUGGCACGUCGACAACGAUGGGAUGUUGCUGGAUGCGAAACUUCCUGGUGCUUCUAGCUUUGGCUGGAUCCACAAGGUUGUCAAACUGGUGGAGAAGCAACUUGCAGACGGCGAGGAUUGGGGUCGAGGGUCCAUGGACGAUCAGUUCUUGCGAGAGAUUCUGCGCCCGUUGACGCUUACUGAAGGCAGUGGCUACGAAAUCAAAGAAAAACAGGAGAGUAUAGUGUCAGUUUUGGCGAAGUGGAAGGGUCAAAAAUGGGAAGGUGCUCGCAUAGUCCGCCUCAUCGAGCGUGCCAUUCGCCGAAUGACUUGGCAAUGGUAUCAGGAUCGCUGGGUCACGGGCAAGCAGAAGCCCACGGCAGCUUACAAGCGGCCUCAGUUACCUGGAUCGUUGGCUGUACCGGCUGCCCCGACUGUGCUUCCAUUUCACACCUUUACAUGCCCCAUGUCAGCUGAACAGAUCCGUCUCAUCUCUCAGAGAAAUGGUCUGCGAAUCUCCUGUUCCACACUGCGAGUACCCUGGUUACCUGCGACUGUUUAUCCACCACCAGCCCCACCCAGGCCAUACCUCAAAGUAGGGUAUGUGUCUUCUGACUUCAACAACCAUCCCUUGGCACAUUUGAUGCAGUCUGUCUUUGGCCUCCACAAUCCCAGUCGUGCAAAGGCAUACUGCUAUGCAACUACCUCAAGCGAUGGAUCCGAGCACCGCAAGCAGAUUGAACGAGAGGCUCCCAUGUUCUACGAUGCCAGUUCGUGGUCCGCAGAACGACUUGUCAACCAGAUCAUUGGCGAUGGCAUUCACAUUCUUGUCAAUCUCAAUGGCUACACGCGAGGCGCAAGAAAUGAAGUCUUCGCUGCUCGUGCAGCUCCGAUCCAGAUGGCCUUUAUGGGGUUUGCGGGAACGUUGGGUGCCGAGUGGUGCGACUAUCUCCUCGCUGACGACACUGCUGUACCCCCCGAUACGCUCCGUCCAUGGCGUCGUAACGUCGACAUGGAAGAUGCCCUCGUCGACGACAACAGUGGUGGCGAAGACAAGAAUUGGAUCUACGGAGAGAAUAUUGUAUUUUGCCGUGAUACCUUUUUCUGCUGCGAUCAUCGUCAAAGCGCCCCAGACUCGCAAGGUCGCCAACCAAACUGGGAAGAAGAACAGCAGCGGAGAUGGGCAAUGAGAAAAGAAAUCUUCCCCAACCUGCCCGAAGAUGCUAUUAUACUUGCCAACUUCAAUCAGCUGUACAAGAUUGAACCAACAACCUUUCGUACCUGGCUCCGCAUCCUCGAGCGCCUCCCGCGCGCCAUUCUCUGGCUUCUUCGCUUCCCCGACCUUGGCGAAACCAAUCUCAAGAACACAGCGUUGAAAUGGGCAGGUCCCGCCGUCGCCUCACGCAUCAUGUUCACCGACGUUGCGCAAAAGAGCCAACAUAUAUCGCGCGCCCGUGUCUGCGACCUCUUCCUCGACACACCAGAGUGCAAUGCACACACGACCGCCGCCGACGUGCUGUGGUCCGGGACCCCGCUGCUCACGCUUCCGCGAUACAAGUAUAAAAUGUGUAGCCGCAUGGCCGCCUCGAUUCUCAAAGGCGCAUUACCAAAGAACGACGCAGGCGUGCGCGCGGCCAUGGAGUUGAUUGCAUCCUCGGACGAGGACUACGAAGACAAGGCUGUACGGCUAGCACGUGAUUGCACCUACAUCGGUCACCGCGCCCAUGGCCGGUUGAGCGAAUUGCGCCGAAUGCUGUACGAAGCCCGUUGGAGCAGUCCACUGUUCGAUACCAGGCGCUGGGUCAGCGAUUUAGAAGACGCGUAUGAGAUUGCAUGGGACAAGUGGGAAAAGGGUGAAGGAGGGGAUAUCUGGUUAAAGGAUUAUCCAAAAAGGAGGGUGGGAGGAUCGGCCUGA